AUGGCGGCGCCGACGGAGGUAGCGAUGGCUGCGGGCCCCGCGGAAGCGACCGAGGCGGCCGAGCUGAGUCGCGCCCUGGGCCGCCUGCUGCCGGGGCUGGAGGCUGACAGCAAACUGGGGCGGCGGCGCGCGUUGGAGGCCCUGGAGCGCGCGCUGGACACAGCGGCGGGGCCCGGCUCUGACCCCGUCACCUUUCAGGGUCCCUGGGCUGGCCUACUGCUUCCGCGCCUGCUGCGCCUCCUGGCCGACCCCGCCGAGGGCUGCCGCGCGCUGGCCGUGCACCUGGGCGGCGCGGCGCUCGCGCCACACCUGGACGACGCGGUGCGCGCGCUGCGCAGCACGCUGCUGGACCCUUUCGCUGCCGUCCGCCGGGAGAGCUGCGAGUGUGCGGCCGCCCUGGCGCGCGCCACGCCGGACCACUUCCACAUGCAGUCGGAAUCUCUGAUUGGCCCCCUGAUGCAGACCAUCUCCCACCAGCACUGGAAGGUCCGGGUGGCUGUCAUUGAAGCCACAGGGACCGUGAUCCAGUUUGGCAACGGGAAGUCUGUGGAUGAUAUUCUUUCCCACUUUGCUCAGCGGCUCUUUGAUGACGUCACUCAGGUCCGGCAGGCAGUGACAUCUGUGGUAGGGGGCUGGCUCCUAAGUCUGCGGGACCGCUACUCCUUCUUUCACAAGCUCAUCCCACUGCUGCUGAGCAGCUUUAGUGAUGAGAUGCCCGAAGUCCGGCAGUCGGCUGCCACCCUGUGGGAGAAGGUCGGGCUGCAGUGGCAGAAGGAGAAUGAGGAAGACCUGAAGGAUAAGCUGGACUUUGCCUCACCACCCCCAACCCACUACCCCCCACAAGAGAGCCGCCCUGGGCUGGGCUGUCGGGAGCUGGUCUUCAGGAACCUCUCUAAGGUCCUCCCUGCCAUCUGUCAUGAUAUCACCGACUGGGUGGUAGGGACCAGGGUGAAGGCUGCACAACUCCUGCCCGUGCUGCUGUUGCAUGCGGAAGACCACAUCACCCAGCAUUUGGAGAUUGUCCUUAGAACCCUGCAACGGGCCUGUGCUGAUGAGGAGAAGGCUGUGGUCAGCAGCUGUACAAGGUCUGCAGAGUUGGUGGGGACAUUCGUCAGCCCUGAAGUGUUUCUGAAGCUGAUCUUAGCCAUGCUGAAGAAGGUGCCCUCCCCCUCUGGCCUCCUAGUCCUGGCUUCAGUCAUUCGAGGAUGCCCACGAGAUGCCCUCCGGCCACAUGUCAACAUCAUCGCCUCGGAACUAGCCCAGGCACACAUCUGCCAGGGGUCUGAAAACGACCUUUACCUGGAGAACCUGCUGCUCUGUGUUCAGGCUCUGGUGUCUGUGUGUCAGGAGGAUUGCAGUGCCGCCAGCCUGCAGCUCCUGGAGGUGCUGGUGACAAUCAUGGCUGUGUCAGGUGCCACAGGCCUUGGUGACAAGGCCCAGAAGACCUUGGAUACCCUGGCUGUGGUAGAGAAUGUCCCCAGCAGCCAGGACCUGUACCGCAAGCACAUGGGCACCCUCCUGGAGCAGCUGACUGCCUCGCAGGGCAACUGGACUCUCCACUCCAUUGAGCUGCUGCAGUUCAUUGUCAUUCUUACUCAGUCAGGCCCAGCCAUAGGAGAAAACCUACAGCAUGUGAUCCCCACCCUCAGGACCUGCCUUCAGCCCACUGCAGACCCACACAUGCGCCUUAAACUCUUCUCAGUCUUGUCCACGGUGCUGCUGAGGCCAGAUGACACCAUCAACUCCCAGGGGCAGUUCCACGGCCACCUCGAGACGGUGCUGAAGGAUAUCUUGGUCCCCAAUCUGCAGUGGCAGGCAGGGAGGACUGCUGCAGCCAUCCGCACAGCCACUGUGUCCUGCGUGUGGGCGCUCAUCAGCAGCAGUGUUCUGUCAGCCAAGCAGAUGCAGGAGGCACAGGAGACUCUGAUGGCACAUGUGCUGGGCACGCUGGAAGAAGACUCCAUGAUGACCCGACUGACAUCCUGCCACAUCAUUAACACCUUUCUAAAGACCUCUGGGGAUGCGAUGGAUCCAGAUAAAUCCCUCAAGGUCUAUCCUGAGCUCCUGAAGCGCCUGGACGAUGUCUCUAAUGAUGUGAGGAUGGCAGCUGCCUCCGCCUUGCUCACCUGGCUGAAGUGUGUGCAGAGCUCCGAAGCAAAGGCCUACUAUCAGAGCAACAUCCAGUACCUGUACCGGGAGCUGCUUGUGCACCUGGACGACCCUGAGAGAGUCAUCCAGGAUGCAGUUCUAGAGGUCCUCAAGGAGGGCAGCGUCCUGUUCCCGGAGCUCCUGGUACGGGAGACAGAGGCUGUGAUCCACAAGCACCGCUCAGCAGCUUACUGCGAGCAGCUCCUGCAGCACGUGCAGGCCACAGCUGCAGUGACCCUGUGACUGCUUUCGGGGUACCCUGGCCUGUGGAGGGCCUGUCAGCCCCACUUCACCACAGCCGGGGAAGUGCAUCAUGGUGCAGGCUCUGCUCCUCAUAGACAGUGCCCAGGGGCUGCAGCUGAUGCCACUGGAGUAAAUGUCUGCACCUCGCUGCUGGCUGCUGCCCACCCAGAAGGUGAAAUGUUUCCCUGCUCAGGACAGCAGAGCUGGGCACAUGGGCACCAUCGCAGGGAGCCCACACCUCGCCCCACCCGGCAAUGGCAGAUGCCAGGUCCAGUUCUCUUCCACACCCAAGUGCCUGAAACACCCUCCAAGUGAAGUGUGACACUGUGAGCCACCGUUCAUGCCAUCACCAUGGAAUAGGCUAUGUUCCCAGCAGAUACUAACAUGUAUUUUUUUUGUGUUUAUAGAAUUAAAUUAUUUAUUAU